AGAACGGCAGGCAACAACCACCAUUCACCAAUCGCAGCUGCUCCUCCAAUGGCGGGGUCUUUGGAGUCACUGGUGGUGGGAAAAGUGAUAGGAGAUGUUGUGAACAUGUUCACUCCGGCGGCGGAGUUCACAGUCCAUUAUGGGUCUAGACAAGUGGCUAAUGGGCGCAUGAUUCCGCCCUCCGCUGCCGUGGAUAAGCCCAAAGUCCAAAUUCAUGGACAUCGUCUCUCUUCCAAUCUCUACACUCUUGUUAUGGUGGACCCUGAUGCUCCAAGUCCCAGUGAACCGGCUUUGAGAGAGUGGCUCCAUUGGAUUGUUGUGGAUAUCCCAGAGGGAUGCGAUGCAACCCAAGGAAGAGAGGUGGUGCCCUACAUGGGACCGCAGCCGCCGACCGGUAUUCACCGCUACAUUUUUACGCUCUUUAAUCAGAAAGCUGCAGCAAUGUCCGGGACUCUGCCGCCAGAAACCCGUAGCAAUUUUAGCACACGCCAGUUCGCCGCCGGUAACGGACUUGGACCACCAGUGGCGCUCGUGUAUUUUAACUCGCAGAAGGAGCGAACGAACAGAAAACGUUGACCGCUUUUAGCAUUUUGAUGUUGUGUUUUGACUCAAUUUUUGCAUGGGUAUGGGUAGUAUAAUGCUAUUCUAGACUGCUGAUUGGUUAUUC